AUGCAGACCCACUGUGAUUCCAUCUCCGAUUUGCUUGGCAAUAUCCCAAGCAGCAGCAUGGCAGUCACCCUGCACCGUUGGUCCGGGGGUAUUGGAAAAACAACUUUCACUCAACACCUCUAUAAUGAUGCAAGGCUGUAUAGUGAUACUGGGGGUGAAAAUUAUUUUGAAGUCAGGGUCUGGGUAUGUGUAUCGACUGAAUUCGAUGUGCUUAAGCUCACCAGGGAGAUCCUUGGCUGCAUACCUGAACAAGAAGGAAUCAACGGUGUUGCAAAUGAAACAACCAAUUUAGACCAGCUUCAGAAAUCCAUAGCACACCGUCUCAAGUCCAAAAGGUUUCUAAUUGUCUUGGAUGAUAUAUGGAAAUGUGACGGUCAGGAUCAGUGGAAGACCCUGCUAGCUCCGUUCACAAAGGGGGAAACCAAAGGAAGCAUGGUAAUUGUCACAACUCGAUUCCCAAAGGUAGCAGACAUGGUGAAAACACUUGAUCCACUAGAGCUGCGAGGUUUGGAGUCUAAUGACUUCUUCACAUUCUUUGAAGCAUGUAUAUUUGGUGAUCACAAGCCUGAGCAUUACGAAUAUGAGUUAGCUGAUAUUGCAGGAAAAAUUGCAAAUAAGCUAAAGGGUUCCCCACUAGCAGCCAAAACAGUUGGUGGACUAUUGCGCAAGGACCUAUCUCAGGAACAUUGGAAUGAAGUUCUUAAAAAACAUGAGUGGCUGAAGCAGCAAAAUAAUGAUGAGAUCAUGCCAUCUUUAAAAAUUAGCUACGAUUAG